AUGAAGUCCGUCGCUAUUGCCGCCACCGUCGUGGCAUCCCUUGCAGGACUCGCUGCGGCCAACCCGGUCGCUGAGCCACAAGGCUUCGGUUGGUGGGGUCGGCGCCCGACGGUGUACACCACCAUCACCGUCGACGCUCCAGGACCCACCGAUAGCCCAGCCCCGGUCAAUAACAACCCAGCCAAGCCGUCUGAGACACCCAAGACCGGCGGCAGUGGUGGUAAUGGUGGUGGAUUCGUCGGUAGCAAGGGAGCAGCCUUCCCCUUCUACUUCACCUCGACGUACGCCGUGAUCGCUACCCCAGAUCAAGUCAUCAACGGCACCGUUGCUACACCUGGAGAGCCAGGAGCCGUUGGUAUCUACAACUACGGUAUCAACAGCGACUUGGAGGUUAUCUGCUACAACAUCACCCUUGGAGGUGUGACUGGCAACUACCAAUCCGCGGCCAAGACCGCAACUCACAUCCACCAGGCCGUCAAGGGUGCAUCAGGACCACCCCGGAUCGCUCUCCCCAACCCGCUCCCCAUCAGCGAUGACCCCACAGUCAUUCGCCGUUCUGUCGGCUGCUUGACCGGCCCAUUCACCACCGGCAUCUUGGCCAACGGCACUGACACUGGUGCUGGUUUCAGCCUGAAGCAGAUUGAAGCCAACCCUGCUGGCUUUUUCACUGACGCCCACACCGUGAAGUACGUUCCUGGUGUGGUCAGAGGACAACUGGCAUAG